UUUUCAGUCAGCGCUGCCUGUAAGACCUGACAAGUCGGCAGCAAUGCUUACGCUUCUGGAGCCGCCCGGGGCUAAACGGUCCCCGACGGUCGGCAAUUAUAACAACAGAUCGGCUCAACACUUGUUAAAUCUAGCACCAGAGGAAGACGAUCUGUACGAAACAUACGAAGAAACUGAAGAUUAUGCAGAAAAUGAGCCAACGGGAAACAUUCUCACCAGAUUUCUGGAUCAAUAUCUUGUCGGACAAUCAUCAUCAGCUGAUUACAACGAUCGUUGGAAAAGAGAAUUUCGUGCAAGACCAUCGUGGUGCGAUGCUGAUCUGUGUCUUCAACAAAUGAACCGGGGAAAAGCAACGGGUAACCGAUAUGCUCUCUACUCAAGAAGUCUAAUCCAGAAACUUCUAUUUGCUCUGGGAAACACAGUUCAUCGAAAUGCAUGGUCCAUCAUUCUCGCCGUUUCAAUGAUCUUUGCGGUUUGUUGUUACGGACUUCAAUAUGUGCACAUCGAGACGGACAUUGUGAAACUAUGGGUGGCACAAGGCGGACGACUAGAUGAAGAGCUGAAUUUUUUGCCAAACAUCAAAGAAGCAAUGAGGAAUGUGACAGGCGAUUCUGGGCCGGAACUUCCCAGAGAGAAUGGAUUGGGCGGUGGAUAUCAAGUUUUAAUUCAAACACCAGAGUAUGAGGGACAAGAUGCACUUGCUGCAGGACCUCUUCUGAAACACGUCGAGAUUAUGAAGCACAUCGCUAGUUUCAAUGUUUCAGUUCAUGGAGUGGACUGGUCACUAUCCGACAUCUGCUUCAAACCAGCUCCACCAUCGGUCGCAGCCGAUUCUGCCGCUUCCUCGCUUGGUGACGUCAUCGAUAAGAUCGUUCCAUGCAUCUGGAUUACUCCUAUAGAUUGUUUUUGGGAAGGAUCGAAAGCUCUUGGGCCACAUCCAUCUCUCCCAAAGUCCUCACUCGGACCACUUGGAAUGUUAUUGAGUUCGCUGUCAGAUGGAGAUAUGAUUCGCUGGUCAGACUUUGAUCCUAUUGCUGUCAUCGAUGAAAUUCAUCGAUCAUUCAAUCUUGGAUCUCACUACACAUUUUUCGAGAGAGCUGGCGUUUCUCAUGGAUACAUGGAUAGACCAUGUAUUGAUCCUCUUGAUCCUGAGUGCCCCCCCAUGGCCAAGAACUACUUCGACGUGUGCCCACAUAUUGAUCGAGUUCGAGAGAUUGCCAAGAAAUAUGGAACAGAACUGGAGGAAGAGAAAAAGAAGGACAGUGGUUACAGUUUCUUCGAUUUUUUGGGACGAAAGAAAAGAGAAGCUGGCGAUCAGCCAAAGAUGAUUCAUCCGGCACAACCAGCAGAUUCGAUCCCAACAAUUGAAGAUGCAGUACCAGCACAAGUUCCAGUAUCAACUGCUCCGAUUCCAACUACGACUACUUUGUCGCCGGAGGAAGCCAGAGCCGCAGAAGAAAAAGAGAAGAAGCAAAAAGCCAGAGAGUUGAAAGACUAUUGUAAAUCAUACCGGAAGUCUGCUUUCGAAUGGUUAAAAAAGAACAAAGACAAAUGGCCAGAAGUGAUGUCUGAAAACAUGUACCCACAGAAUGUUGAUUACGCAGCAGAGAUGACUGGUGGAUGCUCUGGUUUCGCAUCUAACGUUCUCAAUUGGCCUGAAGAUAUGAUACUUGGAAAUCCAAGACGUGCCAAGAAGGGAGGAAAACUAUCAGGAGCUGAUGCUCUUCAAUCCGUUUUUCUUGUUGCAAGCCCCGCCGAUGUUUUCCUGAGAUUCAAGCAGAAGCCUGGAAGAAACUCUAUGAAGACUGGAUUAGACAUGGAUGCAUGGAACGAAACCGCUGCUGAACAAGUUCUUCAAGCAUGGCAGAGAAAUUUCACCAAGUCACUUUACAAUCAUAAGGCUAACGUUGAUGAGGAUGGAAACGAAAGAAGAACAUUGCAUCCACUUGCAUCGACAUCCAUUGCUGAUAUGCUCGAGGAAUUCUGUCAAUUCAACUAUACCAUCAUCCUUGCUGGAUAUGCUCUCAUGCUGGCAUAUGCUAUUGUCACUCAAGCUCGAUUUGACAACUGCCUUCCAGCUACAGAAUCAUCAAUGGGCCUCGCUCUUGCAGGAGUUCUCGUCGUCACAUUCGCUUCAGUGGCAGGUCUUGGUCUCGCCACUUGGUUUGGAAUAGAAUUCAACGCUGCUACAACACAAAUUGUACCAUUCCUCACUCUUGGAAUCGGUGUUGAUAAUAUGUUCAUGUUAUUGCACAACUAUCGUGACGUUGUUAAACUUGCUGGCGGACACGCUGAGAUGGCUAUCCUGAUGCGUGAAACUGGAAUGUCAAUUCUGUGCACUUCGAUCAACAACAUUCUUUCCUUCCUCACUGGAACUCUUCUACCAAUUCCAGCUCUGCGAUCAUUCUGUGCUCAGUCCAGUAUUCUUCUCACAUUCAAUUUCAUAGCUAUCCUUACAAUCUAUCCAGCGAUCAUUUCCAUUGAUCUUCGACGAAAGAAGGCUCAGCGUCGUGAUUUGGUUUGCUGCUUGUAUGGUGACACUAGAGAAGAAUCGUACUCGAUGAUUUCUAAGCCAAAGAUUCAAAGUAAACGAAUUAUUGGAGCACCUUCGGAAGCUUCGAUUAUGCAACAGUUCGACGGAAUCACUCAAGCGCAGAUGGCAUCUAGCGAUGAUCCAGCUCCAUGGUCUCUUCAUUCAUUCAUCCGUUACUACUACAUUCCAUUCAUUUCUAAACCAGCAUCUAAAGUAGCAAUCAUCGUUGGCUGCUGUGCUUUGCUCGGUGCAUCAUUUAUUGGAAUGCGUCAGUCGACACUCGGUCUUGAAUUGGGAGAUGUUCUUCCAGAACAUACUGCACCUGCACAGUUCUUGAGAGCCAGAGACAAGUACUUCAGUUUCUACCCAAUGUUCGCUGUCAUCAAGGGUCCUAACAUUGAUUAUGCUCACCAGCAACGCCAGAUUGACAAUUACCGACAGUCGAUUGGAUCUUCAAAAUAUGUGAUUAAAAAUAAAAACGAAGAGCCAUCAGAAAAGUAUUGGCUGGGAUUAAUGCGAGACUGGCUCAUUAGUAUUCAACGCGGAUUCGAUGAAGAAGUUGCUAAAGGAUCAUUCAAUCUUACAUCUGGAACAGUUAUUGGCAGCAAUGUUUCCGAGGAUGCUCGUCUUGCUCAUGCUCUUAUGUGCUCUCAUGGUUCUCUAUUUGGGUGUGCUGGAAGAGUAGGAAAGAUUCGACUAGUUGAUGCAAGUGGAAUUAUCAACUCUGAUGGAUUCUACAACUAUUUAACAGCAUGGUUCAAUGUCGAUCACAUGAUGUACUAUGUAUCUCAAGCUUCUUUCUUCCCAACACCACCAAAAUGGGAAUUGAGCAAGAAUCAUACCGAAAACUUCAUCCCAGCUGCUGAGCCACUUGCAUAUUCGCAGAUUCCAUUCUACUUAACUGGCCUCACGGAUACCGCUGUGAUUGUCGAUGCCAUAAAGGACAUCAGAAGUGUUUGUGAACGAUUUACCGAUCAAGGACUUCCAAAUUUCCCACAAGGAAUCGCAUUCACAUUCUGGGAACAAUAUCUUUUCUUGACUGGAAAUCUUAUGCAAGCCAUUUCGAUCAUUACCAUCUCUGUCUUCUGCGUCAUUUCCGUUCUUCUUUUCAAUCCAUGGGCUGCACUUAUGGUUGUUUGUAUUCUCGGAAUCAUGACUUGCGAACUUGCCGGAUUCAUGGGACUCGUUGGAAUCAAGCUCAAUCCGGUUUCAGCCGUAACUUUGAUCACCGCAGUUGGAAUUGGAGUCGAAUUCACUGUUCAUGUGGUUGUAUCAUUCCUGACGGCGCUCGGAACAAGAUCUCAACGGACGUCAUCUGCAGUUGAUCGAGUUUUUGUCCCAGUCAUUCAUGGAUCAUUCUCCACACUUCUCGGUAUUUUGAUGCUUGGAUUCUCAGAGUUUGAAUUUGUUGUCAAGUAUUUCUUUAUUGUCAUGACGGCUCUGAUUUGCAUUGGAAUCAUAAACGGACUCAUUCUUCUUCCAGUUUUAUUAUCUUGGUUUGGCCCAAGGAGAGAGAUCUCUCCUACUGGUGGAAAGACAACAUUGACCCUGCCACCUCCUUUGCCAAAGAAUGCCAACUCGUCUCGAUCUGGCGGCGAUGAUUCUGAUGAAGAUGACGAGCCGAGUGGUCUUGUGAUGUACUCAAGACAAGCACCCCCAACGACGAGGACAUCAGGAGGAAAUCGAGGAACAGUUGGAAAUAACACACGCCGAUUGCCAGCUGUAUAGCAGUAGUAGUUCGCUCCAAGUUUUUGGAGCUUAAAAACUUACAAAAAUGUAAAAAUGGGUAAAUUUCUUUCUGAUGAAUGCAGAGCAUUGUGAACUUAUCCUUUUUCCCAAUGUUUCGUUGUCAUAUUUUCUUUUAAAUUAUUUUUGUCUUUUCUCUCUUUCUAACGGUCGACUACACACUUUCUGGUGAUCUUCCCAUGCCCUGUAUAACACUUUUAUAGUUAUUAUGUUGAUUUUUUCACUGAGAUUUCCAAGAUAUAGGCAAUUAACAUGAUCACUAUAAAAUUGACACUUUCACACACUUCACCAUUUCUAGCACCCAAUUAACAAAUUCAAAACUGAAAGAAUAGAUUUUGCGCGGUUUCCAAACGACAAAUGCUUUAAUCUGUUAUAGUAUUAUUUUUCUUUAUUUUCUUGCAUCCAUAUCGAUGAAUAUUUUGGCACCCUCGUUUUCUUUUUUCUUUGGGUAUUUAUUGCCACUUCUCAAUCGAAAAAAACAUGCGCAUAAUAUUUACUCCGAGUGAUAAAAGGGGAACGGUACAAUUUAGAGAAAAAAGUACAAUUGACAUAUCUGUAUUGUUCACCUUUUUGUAUUGCUUUCAAUUGCACCCACUUGGUCUUUUUCGCCGUUUGUUUUGUUCCCCUCUGUGAAUGAUCUCAGCGAGCUUUGGGAAUUUAAUUAUUUUAUUAGCACCAGCCAAGAUUUUUCUCUGCCCCUCUCGAUUUCUAUUGUCCCUUCGCCUCAUCUCCAAUUUUUUUGUUUCGAAUUUUUUCGGAUGAAUAAACUUUUUCUAACAUGAAACAUAC